AUGGAAGGCAGAGCAGCGCAAGGAUCGUCGCUACCAUUCGAGCUGCGGUUCCCGAUUAUUUUGCCGAAAAAGCAUCCGGUGACCGACAAGCUGCUCGAGCAUUAUCAUCAGCAAGUAGCUCACGGGAACACGGAGACCGCAGUCAACGAAAUUCGGCAGCGUUUCUACGUCCAGAAUCUGCGAGCGGAACUGAAGAGGAUCGGAAGAAUGUGCGUCUGGUGCAAGGUGCAGAAGUGUCGCCCGUCGAACCCGAGGAUGGCUCCGUUGCCGGAGUCGCGAGUGACGCCGCAUCUGCCACCGUUCAGCCACACCGGCGUGGACUACUGCGGACCGCUGACUGUUACUGUCGGCCGCAGAUCAGAGAAGAGGUACAUCUGCCUGUUCACCUGCAUGACGACGAGGGCUGUCCACCUUGAGGUCGCUCACAGCCUGACGACUCAAGCGUGUCUGAUGACCAUACGGCGGUUCGUGUGUCGCAGAGGGAAGCCGCUAGAGUUCUACUCGGACAACGGCACUAACUUCCAAGCAGCAAGCAAGGCCAUCAUGCAGCGAAUCGAGAUCGAGUCAGAGGACGAAUUUACGGAUUCCAGGACCCGCUGGAAUUUCAACCCGCCCAGCGCACCUCACAUGGGUGGGGUUUGGGAGCGAUUGGUUCGCUCAGUGAAGGCAGCACUGACCGUGCUGAACGACGGGCGGACGAUAACGGACGAAGUGCUACUGACGACGAUAGCGGAGGCCGAAGACCUCAUCAACUCCCGGCCACUAACGUACGUUGGCCUGGAACCAGGAGCAGAGGGAGCGUUGACGCCGAACCACUUUGUUCGUGGUGUUGGCGCAAUCAGCGUGGAGCCUUCAGUUCCACCGACGAGCGAAGCCGAAGCACUGCGGGACCGCUACAAGCGGUCACAGCGACUGGCGGACAAGCUGUGGGCUCGGUGGAUGUCCGAGUAUCUGCCAUCCAUCAACCAGCGGACGAAGUGGCUCUCCGAGUCGCCGCCACUAGCAUGUGGUGAUCUAGUGUACAUCACCGAUGAGGCCGUGCGGAAGAGCUGGAUCCGGGGCAUCGUGACGGACGUCUACCCGGGAGCGGACGGCAGAAUCCGGCAGGCAAUGGUCGAGACGAGCAAGGGUAAGUUUAGGAGGCCGGUGACCAGACUGGCUGUGCUCGAGGUACAGGAGGGUAAAUCCGGUGCAGCCGAGGAGCCCCACCAGAGUUACGGGAGGGGGUGUGUUGGCACAGCCCCGUACCACCCUUCGACAGCGCAACCAUUGCGCAACAUACGUUCCACGCAGGGCGAGACAACACCGGCCGAUGGACGAACCGUGCGCUGA